AUUCCAAACAAACCAAGGUUCAACAAUGCUCAUGAUAUGGUACCAGUCCGAUAGGGCUGUGCAUCGGAACCGGGUACCCGACUGUUUUUGUCAGGAACCGGUUCCAGAUUAUGGAAUCAGGUACCUGCAACCAACUUUACUAAUUACAAAGUAAUUUCUCAGACAAUGAAAAGAAAGGUUCAAAUUUCAUUUGUGGAGGAUUUUAAAACUGAAAACCAGGCUACAUGUACAUGGGAAAACAAAACAUAUUUCACAUUUAUGACGCUUGAGAAAGUUGCAAGUUACACCGUAAAGCUGAAAAGCUAACUGUACACACUUGUAUCUUGCUGUACCGACACACCGAUUUGACAGUAUUAUCGUGCGGGCCUUUAUGAACAGUCUGAACAGCAACUUCCCAGAUUUGAAUUUCAAGUUGGGUUUCUUACACGGGUACCCGGAUACCUGUGUUUUUUUCAACAGGGUACCCAGUUCCCGUACUACGGCGUACCCGUAAAUUCAUGUUUUCUUUAUUUGCUGUGCAGAGGAGGAAAAUGCCCCGGUCACACUCCUCAUGCCUUGGGCCACAGCAACUGAGCGCGCCUUGGAUCGCUUCCGCAUGCUGUACGCCGAACGGGGAUUUAAUGUCUUGACCGCCUAUGCCAAACCCAUCAAUUUCAUCUGGCCUAGAUCCUCCCAACCCGUCGCCGCUGAGAUCGUUGAAUUUCUCCGCACCAAGACCGGCAAGGCGCCAAUCGUCGUCCACGCUUUCUCAAUAGGGGCCUUCAUGUACGCGAACGUGCUUACCUACGUUUCCGAACACCCUGAUGAGUUCUCUGCGUUAGAACCACGAAUCCGUGGCCAAGUCUUUGACAGUAUCGUCAUCGGCACGCUGAAAGAAUUACGAGUUGGAAUGGGGGAAAUGCUAACAAGAAGAUGGAUCUUACAACAGCUCAUCGCAACGGGGACUAGCAUCUACUUUUACCUAACCUACGGCAACACGGUCGCGAUCUAUGAUCAGUUGAUCGACAUUUUCUGGAAGAACCCUUUCAAGACGUCGGUACUGUUUUACUAUUCGCUCAUCGAUCCCAUGUGCAAGAGGGAUUCCAUUGAGCGCUUCAUCGCAAAUUGGAAAGAGCAGACCAGCCAGCCUGCUCACUAUCUUUCCACACCCGAUGCAAAACAUGCCGAGAUUUUGCGAGCAAUACCAGACCAAUAUAAAGACACGUUGUUCAAGUAUUUGGACACUCUGAAGCUGGAACAGCAAUCAAGUCCAACACAUUCUAAGCUCUAGGUACACUGUAGGGGCCAAGACAUUGUUGAAGAUAGGCAGUUACAUUGUACCUACCACUGCGGGAGGACGUCAUCACAAGGAACCGCUGUUAUCCAUGAACCGCCAGCAACAAUGUCUUGAGAAUCCUGAGGCAUUUGUGCAAUGCGUGCGCACUUGGGCGUCGAUUGGUGCUUUUUAACUCACUCACUCACACACUCUGUCGACCCAAGCGGAAGCUUGAGUCAAGUGCGAUGAUGCACAAAGCCACACAUCACGACUGUUCAUGCAGCUAGCGAGCUCGUCCGUCAUCUCAACCCCUGCAUCAUCCAUCAUCAACCUCACUAUUGUCUUGAUUGGCCUCCCUUUCCCUGGUUGCCAAUGCUUUGGCUCCCAUAGGAUUACCCUACCUGUUGGCAGUUCAGGGUGUCUGUAGCAAGGUGCUGUUUAAAGUGGGGGGUUUGUUUCCCUCCCCCCUCCUUUUUUGUCCCCACAUAAGACAUUGUAGCCUACAUUUGAUUCCAAAGCUGGGCAGUUCCACGCAGAACUGGACAAGGCUGAAAAGUGGAAACUAGAAACUGUAUGAAAUUGCUCAAAAAGAAUUUUGUUCAAGUGGUCAGAAAUGCCUCAGAUCGCACCACAAAGCGUCUAGAAUCCAAACUUUUCUUAGGUUCCUUGAGCGGGCCCCGAACUCCACGCCACCCCCGAACCCCACGCCACCCCAUGCCAUAGGGGCUUCACGCUAGCAUUACUUCUGAUCAGGGUAUUCCCUCCCCCCCCCCCCCACACUUUUGAAAAACGAUUAACGCCCUUGCGCACAUACGCUUUACCUAAUAACUUAGGCACAUGCAGUGCGCUUUCAAAACCUUUCAUAUUACUUCCGAACCAAACUCUUAAAUUUCUUCCAGUAACAUACAAGAUGCAGCAAGACAUUUGUGCAACUUCACAGUAGCUUGUCUGUGGUACAUGUAUAUAGUAUGCACAAGUAGCGCAUGCGCACUAGUUUCCCCAUAUUUUACAAGAUUCCCAAGACGACGUCGCUGGCGGUUUGUGAAUGAUAGCCGUUUCUCAUGAUAACGCCCUCUUGUGGCGGGUUAUAGCGGUGGCGGGUUAUCGUGGUGGUGGGUUAUUGCGUAUCUUACAAAAAAGUUUACCGGACUAAACUCUCGGUUGUCUUCAUAUUAUUUUGUCUUCGGAAAUAUAAACAAAAAGGCAUUGGGCAAUUUGAAGUAUUUUUUUUUCAGGUAAACCUCAUUUACUGAAAUAUUGUGGGUUCUAUUUAUAGUAAAAUUUGGUAUUUAAAGAUUUUUUGUUUGAGCGUAUUGGGCUCAAAAUAUUAGACGAGGCUGAAAAACGAGUUUCACACGUCCACUAGGGCCUUAUAGAUCAAAAUUUAUUGAGAUUGAAACUAUUUUGUUCAUAAUAUAUUAAUGAAAAGAAAUUAAUUCAAUUAUUUAAAAACCAACACGAUCACCCAACUCAAAAAGUUAAAACACUGAAAUAAAAUGUAAAUACUGGAAAAGUGGGUUUUGAUUCUUUGUUUAAAUUGUUCCUAAUUUUUGGUGUGUAUUUUCAAUUUUUGCCAAUUUUACUGUUAAUAUUGUACUGUAGCUGCAUUGAAUAAAUUCUUGAUAUACUUUGUCGCACAAGUUUAUUUCCACUGGCCAACACUGUACAGAUAACUCACUCAGGGAAAAAAAAAUCUCAUUUAAGUCAAUGAAAUAAAAAAAUUAAUGUACCUAAAAUAA